GGCCUCCGCCAGGCAUUUAUACCCACGCAAAAAGGGCUGGAGCGCACAGUGAGGCACUCUGGCUCAGCGCUUCUCGAGGGGAGGACAUAAAGCCACCUACAACUCAACACAACAACCUUAACCCCCCGGUUUUUUUCUUUUUACCUCCUUUUUUUCUGCGGACUUAAAAAAAACUGCACACAAACUUUUUAAAGGCAACUUUUUCCCCCUCAACCAAAAACCAGUCGUGGCACAAACUACCGCUCCCGCACGUCGCGUUCAAGGAUCCCGGCCGGUCCUCCAUGAAAGACGGAGUGCAGCAGCAAACUUGGGGAAACGAGAUGUCUGCGACCGUCUUGUCUGCGUUCUACGACAUGGAGAUGCUUUACAAGCAAGAUAAAAGCAUGAACAUGAACGCCCUCCACAUCAACAGCAUGCUGGAUAAGAAAGCAGUGGGAGCUCCGGUCACGUCUCCGGGCUCCGGUGGCCCCUUCUCGCCGGGAUUUUUCCGCAGAAACUCAACCAGCAACUUGGAGGCGAUGAACAACGGCAACAAGUACUCGAUGGGCUCCUACGGCAGCCUGAAGGAAAACACGCCGAGCAGCAACAGCAGCAGCUCCACGGCUCUUAUGAACAAGGAGAACAAGUUCCGCGACCGAGCGUACAGCGACAACGGAGACCGGGGUGUGCUGCAGCAGAAGCCCGGCUCUCAGAUCAACUCCACCCGCUACAAGACGGAGCUGUGCCGGCCCUUCGAGGAGAACGGGUCCUGCAAGUACGGGGAGAAGUGUCAGUUCGCUCACGGCUACCACGAGUUGAGGAGCUUGUCCCGCCACCCUAAGUACAAAACGGAGCCGUGCCGCACCUUCCAUACUAUCGGUUUCUGCCCGUACGGUCCCCGGUGUCACUUCAUCCACAACGCCGACGAGCGCCGGCCCGCUCCGGCCGCCAACGCCAACAUGCAGGCGGGGGAGUCCAGGUCGGCUCGGGACCUGUGCGGCUACGGCCAGAGGGACAUCCUGCCCCCGCAGCAGCUCGGCUACAACCAGAGGGACAGACCAAAGCUCCACCACAGCCUCAGCUUCUCCGGCUUCUCCACCCACCACGGCCUGGAGUCUCCCCUGCUCGACAGCCCCAUGUCCCGGACUCCGCCGCCGGCCACCACCGGCUCCUCCUGCACGUCCACGUCGAGCUUCUACGAGGACGUGCUUUCUCCCAACUCCAUGUCCUGCAUAAACAGUGCCUUCAACUUCCCCGGGCAGGACCUAAAAGCCUUACUGGCCCCCCUGGCUGUGCACACCCCGAGCGGGUACGCCAACAACCACUCCAGCGGCUCCUACUACGGGAACAUGCCGAGCAGCGCCUCCCCUCCGACCUACAACAUGAGCCACUUGCAGGCGCUGCGCCGCCUCAGCGAGUCGCCGGUGUUCGAGCCUCCUCCCAGCCCGCCAGACUCGCUCUCUGACCGGGAGAGCUAUGCGAGCGGGUCCCUCAGCUCUUCUGGGAGCCUCAGCGGCUCCGAGUCUCCGAGUCUGGACGCUGGAAAGCGUUUGCCAAUCUUCAGCAGGCUGUCGAUUUCAGAUGACUAAUCGAUUGUUUUUUUUCCUCUCAUAUGGAUUUACUGGACUGGUCAGGCGGGGUGGUUUGAGGAGCCACGGGUUGUCAGUGAGUGAUGUAGACUGUCCUUCAAGCAGAGGAUCCCGGUUAAGCUCACCUUUUUGCCCCUCCACUCCAAUUUCAGCAGCAACCACCCUUCCGAAGUGCCUUUUGACUAAGACAUUGAAUCCCCACCAGCUCCUGGGGUGCUGACCCUGCUCUGACCUCCCUGGAGGGGGGCAAGAGUAGAGGAUUCCACCCUACAGGGAUCAAUAAAGCUUCAAACAUUAAAGUGUCCUUGACCUGGCAUUAGUUUAGUAUUUUUUUUUUUUCUCCUUGUAUGUAAUAUAGCUGUAUUAAAACUUAGAUAGCAAACAGAAGGCAUUCCAUCAGUGCCUUGCCCGAGGGCUUCAUGGCAGCCCCCUCCCUCUCCCUUUUUUUGCUCUAUCAGGCAAAGCCACACUUUUUUCCUGGGAUUAGAUGUGUGGGUUAACAUGACUUGACAAAGAAGAAGAGACUGUAAGCGGUUUUCAGAUUUCCUCCCAUCCUGCCAAGAAUAUGCCUUGACUCAAAGUAACUUUUUUUUUUUUCCCUUUUUAUCAAAGUGUGUUUUUUUUUGUGUGUGUUUCUCUUGUCUUCUCUGAAAGCUUCAACUUCCAUUCCAGAUCUGUCUUCUCCCAGCGCCACCCAGUGGUCCGUUUGGUUAGUCUAGUUUGUUGCUUGGAUAAAAAGCACUCUUGAGUUGGGUUUGUUUGGGGAAAUCACUGCUGAUGGUUGAAUAUAUAUUUUUUUAGCUGUUUUUGAGUGAUAUACAUAGCUGUGCAUAACUGGCUAUGGACUAUUUAACUUAUUUAUUAUCUUGUGAAAAAAGUAUAGGCUACAUUGGUAAUUUGUGUCCAUACUGUAUUUAUCAAGUAUGAUGAAGCAAUAGAUCUAUAUUCUUUUAUGUUUAAAUUAUGAUCGCCAUUAUUAAUCUGCAUAAAGUGGAGUGUAUGUUCUUUUCACAGUAAUAUAUAUAUUUUGUUGGUUUUUUUUCCUCUUUUUUUUGUAACUUCACUUCGUUAUUUUUAUUGUAAAUGAGUAAAAAAAAUCUUAAUUUAAGAGAACGUAUGUGAUAUUUAUUUCAUUAAUUUUGUUUCCUUGUUUACGUUUAUUAAAAAAAAAAGUUUGCGUGAUUGCUGUUUGCUCCUGAGGUUGUGUGUAAGUGCUGUAGAAGGCUUUUUUUUUUUUUUUUUUUUUUUUUUUUUUUUUUUUUUUGGAGGAUCCCUAUUUAGAUGUUUCCGUAGAAUGUAUAAACAAUGUGGUUGUACAGACCGUCCAAACCUUACUUCUUUUUUGUCGAUCUAGAUCAGACUUCAGUGACAAAGAACCCAAGUCAAUAAAUUAACCAAAAAGUAUUUUAUUUUAUUUUUUGUUUUCUCUGUUUGCACGAGGUCACACUGUGAUUCCAGCCACGUGCUAAAGAAUGUAGCAAUCCCUUGUGCCCCAGUAUUAUUGUGUAGUGCCUAUAUGGGGUUCACCAUCUUGACAUGCCUUAAAAUUAACCAAAUAAAGUAUUUUUCCUACAUGGCAUCUUUUAUACACAGGUUGAACUGAAUGUAGUGUUGGAUUCUGAAACUUUCAUUUUGUAUUUUUAAAGGUUGUUACCACUCAGACACUCUGACAAAAACAACCGUAACCUUUCUAAAUCCCCAUUCCUCUUAUUAGAUUUUCGUUUUGCCUCAUAUUUUUUUUAAUAUGAAAUCUAUUUUUGAGUUUGCUGGAGAUGGAUGUGGAUGAACACGUUUGGUUUUGUACAUAGUAGGUACAGGGGGAUGCGCACUAUGUACUUUUGACUACUUUAUCAGAAGUAAAGCUUUUUGAAUGUAACAAAAAAAUGGACAAAAAAGACAACGAGAGUUGUGCUAUUUUUUGGGGAGUCAGUUCACUACAAAUUGAGUGUGAGACUGUUAACUUUGUACUGUACAUUUUUUUUUUUGUAGUUCUCCCAAUAAAAAUCAUUUUCGAAAA